GAAGAAAGAAAAAAUUUAAUCCCUACAAAGAGGCGGAGAAGUCGCCUGUUACUUCGUCCGUACCAACAUCAUAAUAAUCGACGACAAACACCCGAUAUUCACCGAUUAUUUUCAGGAAGCAGGAAAAGACUGAGAUAGAGAAACGGGGUUUUCAUAUUUAAUAUACACAAACCUACGUUAUAACCAAUGCGGUAGCGGCGCGAUGCCUGCUGCACCGUAUCGUCAACCUAUUCUCGACAAGUGCAGCACUGCCAUCGGUGAAAACAUUUCGAAGAAGAUCGUUAAACACCACCGUUCCAAAACUUUGAACAUACUGAUUCAGGAUUCGCCCGAUAAUCCUCAAUAAAUAAAUAACAUCAUUCAUACGGAAAUCAUCUUUCAAAAUGAAGAUUGAUCGUUGUAGAUUGAAAAAAUGCACUUCCGAAGUGCCUGCAGAAUGCCAGGCACUGAUAAGCAAGUUGCGUUCGUGUUCGCACGCCGAAUUGCUAGAAGAACUGAAGCAAAUAGAUGCCUGGACGUUCGGAAAAUGCGAAUUGUUCCAUUGGAUCGAUGUACUAGACCUGAGUGACAGUAUUCUUGAAGAAGCCGCAGCUAGAUCACCUGAUAACCAAUGGGAACUCGCAUGCGAUCUUCCUCAAAACAGAGAGGCAAAAGAACUGCUUCUCUGGGUACUACACUUCACCACCCUCUUGAUCGAGCACUCUUUUUCACGACAUUUGUACAACAGCAUGGAACAUCUAGUUACGUUAUUGUCGAGUUGCGACAUGCACGUCGUCCUUGGCGUAUUAAAUCUUCUCUACAUGUUUAGUAAACGUAGUAAUUUUAUUACUCGUUUAAAUAGCGACAAACGUCAAGCUUUACUCAGCCGUUUGAAUCACUUAGCUGAGAGCUGGGGCGGAAAAGAGAAUGGAUUUGGCCUUGCUGACUGCUGCAAAGAACAGCCGGAUAAGCCAUUUCCUGCUAGUGCAACUACUCUGCACUUUGAGUUUUAUGCCGAAAAUCCGAUCGUGUCUACAACAUCAACAACAACAGCAGCAACCACAACAACAACAACAACAGCGACAACAAUGACAACAGAACCAGUCAUUUCAAUUAGCGGAAGUGCCAGCGGAGGUUUAACUAACAAGAAGAGUGGUCAGACAAAUUUGGUCACUUAUAUCCACAUCGAAGGUGUCGACAAGCUCCGCAAAACCCCGGCACAAAUAAUGAAUGAUUUAUUAAAAUCGUAUAAUGUUCCUCAAGAAAGACAGAUGGCCUUGUUAACUCACAUCAGAUUGGCACAUAGUUUCUCAGAUUAUCGAAGACGUCUACAAUGUGUUCAGGCAAGAUUACAAGCGCUCUCUGUACUUGUAUACAGUAAUGCUCUUCAGGAAAAUGCCCACAGCCUUUUGCACACUGGCUUGUUAGAAGAGCUGGUCGAACUUCUAGAGCUCCCUCAUGCUCACCUUGUAGAAAUCCGCGCUGCAGCUCUACGGACAUUAACUAGCAUUAUACAUCUAGAUCGUAAUCCUCAUUUCCCAAAGAAACCAGGUUCUCGUUUGAACAUGAUAAUAGACGUUACUGGUGCGAGUUCGUACCACGGUUUUCUACCUGUACUCGUGCGCACUUGUAUCUCUACUUUGACAUCGCCACAACCUGAUGGACAACCCUUUCCACUUCCCCUAGCCACAGCUUUGUUCAGUUUUCUUUAUCACCUUGCCAGUUACGAAGCUGGUGGCGAAGCUUUGGUCAGUUGCGGAAUGAUGGAGAGUCUUCUAAAAGUUAUCAACUGGCCAGGAAGCGAGCUUGAACACAUUACAUUCGUUACACGAGCUGUGCGAGUUAUAGAUUUAAUAACAAACAUCGACAUGCAAGGAUUCCAAGCCCACGGAGGCCUGGUUAGUUUUAUAAAUCGAUUGGACAUGGAAGUGAACGUCUGCAGGAAGGAACAGCCUUUCGAAAUCGAACCUCAGCAGCAGUCGAAUCAAGAAAAUCAGCAACAGCAGCAGCAACAGCAAUCGGCUGCCGAAAGGCCUGCAGAGGUGGACGACGACUCAAACCCUCCCACAGCUCCCCCAAUGAACGAAACGUUUGAUGACCGUGAGGAAUCACUGAAUCUGAUGGAAUUUUCUGAGGAUGAAAACGCUGGCUUGAAAGUAGAGGACAAACGUGAACCUUUGCCAGAUUACUCGGGAGCUAAGACAGGGAAAACCUGCCUUCCUCAAAGGGCAGCGCUUCUCAAAUCUAUGCUCAAUUUUCUAAAAAAAGCCAUUCAAGAUCCAGCGUUCACUGACAGCAUACGUCAUGUAAUGGAAGGGACUUUGCCAGCCUCGUUGAAACACAUUAUUAGCAACUCCGACUACUACGGACCUUCCCUAUUUUUACUUGCUACGGAUGUUGUUACGGUUUACGUUUUUCAAGAGCCUUCGCUACUGUCUUCCCUGCAGGACAACGGCCUUACUGAUGUCGUUCUGCACGCUCUGCUAAUCAAAGAUGUACCUGCGACUAGAGAAGUAUUGGGAUCUUUGCCCAAUGUGUUCAGUGCAUUAUGUUUAAAUCAACGAGGACUAGAGUCUUUUGUAAAGUGUCGGCCGUUUGAACGUCUGUUCAAAGUCCUCCUUUCCCCUGUUUAUCUCUCUGCAAUGCGACGCAGAAGAAGCGCCGAUCCGCUCGGUGACACAGCUUCCAAUCUCGGUAAUGCAAUGGAUGAAUUAAUGAGGCAUCAGCCUAGUCUCAAAGUGGACGCUACAGCUGCGAUUAUCAAGCUACUAGAAGAGCUGUGCCUUCUGGGCUGCGAUCCUCGCUACGUUUGUUGGCGUGCAGCAAGCAAGUCUGAAAACUCACCGUCGAGCUCGAGUUCUAACAGUCGUCAGUCCUCAGGACAGUCCGUCGGCGUUGGCGUCGGCGAUGGAAGCGGCGGCGCCGGGGGAGGGGGUGGAAGCAGCAGCGACGAGGAAGACGAAGAUGAGGAAGAAGCAAGCACCAGUUCGCAUCCUCAGCGCGAAGAACAGCCUUCUCCGUCUCCCGCUCAGCCUGGACCACCACCUCAACCACGGGAAAAAACACCGAUAGCUUUAGUCGACUAUAUUCACAAUGUGAUGAAAUUCGUCGACGCCAUACUGAGCAACAAUUCGACGGACGAUCACUGUCGAGAAUUCGUUGCUCAAAAAGGACUGGUCCCACUUCUGUCUAUCCUCGGAUUGCCAAAUCUUCCAGUCGACUAUCCAGUUGCUCAGGCGGCGCAGGCCGUUGCUUCGGUUUGCAAAAGCAUUCUGAAUUUGGCACACGAGCCUUUGGUACUCAAGACAGGAUUGUCCCAACUCAACGAAGUCUUGAAUCUUCUGAAACCGCUUCAUUGUCACAUGGAAUCCCCUGGAGGAUCGGUUCUUCUACACGAAUUAGCUUCGGCUCCUAAUUUAGAGACUGCCUUCACCAGCGAUCAGGCUACGCCUCUGCUUCACGCCAUGAACGCGGCUCACGGCUACGUCGUCAUGUUUGUUCACGUCUGCCGAACUGGCCAAAGUGAAAUACGCAACCUUUCAAUGAAUCAUUGGGGAUCUGAUCUUGGGCUGACUGUCCUCAAAGGGCUGUCUGAAUUGUACACCUCACUUGUAUGGGAAAGUACACUCCUGUUGGCGCUCUGCAGCGACGACAUCAUUCCUGCAGGUUGCGACUUUGGGAAAGAAGAUAUGGACAAAUUAGUACCCCUGGAACUUAGGACCGAGGGCGAACCGUCUUCUUCAUGGGCUGCCACCACUUCAUCUGAUAUGGGUAGCAACGGAAUGACAACCGCUAUGGAAGCUUUGAGUACAGAUCCACCGCCAGUAUCGAUGGAGGUAAUCAAAACUCAGGAUUUAAUUGCGCUAAGGGUCGAUGACAAGCCAAACAGCGUAACUGGCAGAACAUCACCAAGUACUCAUCAAUUAAAGUACAUCAAACCUUUGCUCGGGGCUUCAUCACGACUUGGAAGAGCCUUAGCAGAGUUAUUUGGCCUUCUUGUAAAGUUGUGCGUUGGAUCACCAAUAAGACAACGAAGGGGUCAGCAGCUUCCCAUGACUCCAUCUCUGCCGUCUCAAGCAGCUCGUAGUGUCGCUAAAGCACUGAAUGGCUUGCUGACUCGUGGAUUAUCAUGGGAUAAGCUUCCACCUUCCCCAAUUCCCAAAUUUCGACUUACAUUUCUCAUUUGUUCCGUCGGAUUUACUUCGCCGAUGUUAUUCGAUGAGAAAAGACAUCCGUAUCACUUGAUGCUUCAAACCUUUGUUCACUCUGGAGGCCAGGCAGCGUUCUUUGCUACUUUUCAUUGGGCAUUGUCUGGCGGAGGGCAAUUUCCGUUGUCCGAAGGAUUAGAGCAUCCUGAUCUCCCUGAUGGAACCGGCGAAUUUUUAGACGCCUGGCUCAUGCUCCUGGAAAAAAUGGUCAACCCAAAAGCCAUACUAGAUUCGCCACAUGCAGUCUCCUCUAAAAAUAUCGGAGUUUAUAGAGUUUACGAAACGUUCGAUCCGAUAAAAUAUCUUACCGACAUCCACAAGAAAGCAUUCGAAGCUGUAAUGCUUAUGUGGGGCAAAAAACCAUUGAAAAAUUAUGGGGCACGCAUGACCGAAUCGAUACUUUCCAUUCUCCGUCACAUUCUUCGUGGUGAAAAAAUCAUCAAGGAACGUGCCGAAAAAGAAGAAGGAGUAGAGAGUACCUCGACUGCAGCAAGCACCACUGGAGCCAGUAGUUCUGUGAACACUGUGACGGCUUCAACAACGGAGCGACGAGAAGAGCCUGAAGCAGAUGUUAAUCCCCAACACUUGCGUCAACUCAUGGAUAUGGGAUUCAGCAGAGCUCACUGCAUCGAGGCCUUGUUGCAUACUCUUAAUGUCGAACAAGCCACAGAUUACCUUCUCACAAAUCCAGCAACUUUGCGUAGACCGGACGCCCCUGCUGGAGACGCUAGCGGACAAGGUUUAAUAAUGGAUCUAGAAUUAGUGGAUGACGACCAAAUAAUGCACGCUAUAGCCAUGUCCCUCGGGGAUACAGAUCCGCGAAAAUUUGUCGGUCCAGAAGAACCUGCGAAAGACUCUUCACCGAGUAAAAGUAUCGACGAAUUUACUCACAGCACACUGGAACAGUGUUUAAACUUACUGGAUCUUAUGCCAGACACUGUCUAUCGAAUCUGCGAUCUCCUGGUUACCAUUACAAAACGAAACGGUGAUGAAUGGCGUGAUGGCACUCUACGUCAACUGAUAAGAGAAAUCGCAGAUUUGGUCGACUUCCUGAUCGAUAUCGCCGAAAAUGGUGGAGAAAAUACUGGAACGCGACUAAUUGAGUGCGAAGAAGCUAGCAAGGUUGCAGGUCGCAUAUACCUGUAUACUUUAUUUUUUGAGGGACCGUUUCAAGAAAUGCGCGUACCUUGCGCACAAAUAGUGGCAGAGUGUGGCAUCACAGAGAAACUUGUGAAGCUACUGGUAGUCAGCGAAGGACCUCUUACUGAAUCAAAAUCAAAUAAAAGUCUCAAGGAAAACAACAAAGACGCUACUGCGGGAAAUGUAAAGACACCAAAAUGGCUGGCGCCACUACUCCUGCUCAUAGAUCGUCUUGAAAAAGUCGCUGUUCUUACACAAAGAAAACAACUUAUGCACAAGGUGACAAACCGAACAUGGAAAUGGUUCGACUUAAGUACCGGAAAGUGGACGCCGUACUCGUCCAUCAAUAACCGCGCUAUUAACGACGCUUAUCGGGCGGGAGAAUCCAGCGUUAGAAUAACAUGCGGUAGGCGUCGUUAUCUCAUCACUUUUUCAUGCAUGACACAAGUGAACGAAGACAGCGAUAACAGAAGACCCAUAACGAUGGAAUUCAAGCUGAAAAAUGCCACUGGAGAAGAUGGCAAUCCCACUACCGAAUCAAACAUGGAUACCGAGGGUUGUCCAAGUCCCGCUAUCAGUCCCGAAGAAGAUAAACGCAACGCCGUUGUUCAAGGACUGGAUCCUGCAGUUGCGCCAAACAUUGUCCGCGCGUGUGUCAAACUUCUGGCAAUACCGGUCGAUCGAGAUGCUUUGCACGCCUUGAUGAAAGUCUGCCUACGUUUAACUAGAGAUUAUAGAAAUGCUGAGGUAUUCGCCCGGGAAGGCGGCGUGAAACUGCUACUCGACAUGACACAGGGAAGCAGUUUUAUUGGCUGUAUUAGCCUUAGCACUCUGCUGAUUAGACAUACUUUGGAAGAACCACGAACCCUCUGUCUUGCCAUGGAAAAGGUUGUUCGAGCUCGUACUUUAACCAACAUUCCGCCUGCUUAUAAAGAAAUAUUAUACAUGACGAGGCAAAUCAGCAGCGCCGUCUGUCGUAAUCCAGAAGUCUACAGAGAAGUAUGCGAGAAUAUUCUCAGAGUCGAUAUCAAUGUCUUGAAACGUGACGACGUCGAUAACAGGUUACUUGUCAAGGCGCUCCCACCUACUCAUUCACCAGCUAUGCCAAUGGUUGAAGAAGUUUCGGUCGGUGUUAUCCAAGACCUUUUGAACGCGCUGAUCAAACCGAUGCCUGUGCUAGCGGAUGAAGCUACAUCGUCGACACCAAUCGGAAGUCCAGAGAAAAAAACAGCCCCUCAUUCGACCUCAUCAUCGACGAGUGUAGCCUCGGCAUCCCGCCGAGACAUACUUCGCAGCAGCAGUGCUACACCAGCCAACUGUGAUGCUUUGGACGAUGAUGAUCAAGUGUCGCAAUUAACACCGUUGAAAAUCUACGCGGAUAUCAGUAAUAACGGUAAAGUUGAACCUGAGGAAGCGAAAAAACCGCUACUGCCAAAAUCUGCAAUAUUGAAAAUGCUUGCCGAAGCUGUGCGCUCGUAUGGUGCGGUUGCAAAUCUCAUCACCGAGCACACUUAUCGCGCAGGACAAAGCGAACUCGUCGUCGAGGAUACGACCGCCCUCGCUUUUCUUCUCGACAAACUGCUACCAAUGCUCCCAGAAAAUACUGGAGACAGGCAGUGCAGCAGCAUGGCACGAAUGCUCAUCGCUGCUCUUGCUUCGUGCAAUCAUUCGCCAGAUGCUCAAACAACGCUUGUAACCGAGGUGAAAGCUGCCCUUACGCGAUCUUUGGCGCUUCCUGAGAGUUCCGAGAAACAUGCUCAGCUUCAGCUUUUGAUCGGACUUAUAUCGACAAUGAUCGAUAACUGUCCACCCACUGCUCACACUCAUCUUAGAGCAUCGUUGAAACUUAGUCAGUACAGUAACGUCAACAACAUCGUUAGGAUCAUGUUGAAGAAGGGCAUAGUCACUGAUUUGGCAAAAAUACCCCACAGUCUCGAUCUUUCUAGUCCGAAUAUGGCUGGGACUAUUAACGCCGCCUUAAAGCCGCUCGAAACUCUGUCCAGAAUUAUAAAUCAGCCCAUGCCUGGCGCUGUUAGUUCAAAGUUCACCAAACCAAAGAAUAGUAGAAACGCUCAGGAGGAAACUGGAAUCGGUGAACAAACUGGGACCACAAAUUCUGAAGCUACUCAUGCCGUUGGCGAAGAGCCAAACGAAGACGCCGAGAAUACAGAACACGAUAUCUCUGUAACCGCCGAGAGCCUUGAACCCACUUCCGAAAGUCAUGUUCACGAAGAAGGGGACGAAGCUGCGUUAGAUGAUAUCAUGGACCAACUUCUGGAGAGUGUACUUUUCUCUAGGGACGGCUCGGCCAUCACGGAGGAGCCGCCCUCUCGGCCUCACAGACCAAUGGAUAUUGAUGAGGAAAGUUUAGCGAUGCGAGAAGCGGAAGGUGAAUUCGAUCCGGCACGAGAUACUACAGAGGACCUGAUGAGCUCCGAUUCCGACUCUGACAGCAAUCCAUCCGACGAUAACGAGGAUGAAGUUCAAGACGAUGACGACGAUGAAGAGGAGGAAGAAGAUGACGCCGAAGAGAAUGAAGAGGAGGAAGAGGAAGAGGAAGAAGGUUCUUCAAAUUAUGAAGAAGAUGGUAUGGAGUUUUACGACGAUGUCGGAGAAGGCGUUUUCCGCAUGCUACCAUCAGCUGAUCGGGACAGUGGGAAUGUAGUCAUGAUUCAACACAGUUACGAUAAUCACGACAAUGGGUCAUCAACUCCGGCAUCGACUGGACCAAGUCUUCCUUGGAACACCAAUUUUCCACUACCUUUUGGAAUCUUUGACGAUCCGACUGCUGUCGAAAGUAAUGGAAUCAAUUCACAUCCUUUAUUGAUGGCUCGAAAUAAUUUGGAGGCUGCAUCGUUGCCAGCUUCCAGAGCUCAACGUAAUCUUCGUCAACGUCGUUAUCAGUAUCUCCAGUUGGCAAAUCCUCGCAAUACCAAUCCGCCUGUAAUUUUACAAAGACUUCUUGGACCAACAGCACAAACACUGCCGUUAGCCACGAGUCAAGUAUUAGCGUCAAGUUUUAGAGAUACCCGAGUUGUAGUUAUGGAUAAUGGGCUUGGAAUAUUCACAAAUCAGGAAGAAGAACAAAUCGAUUUCGUUGAUCAAGCGGGUUAUUUGUUCGGCCCAGGUCUCGCCGCAACUUUAAACAAUAUUCCCACGGCCUUACACUGGUGGAUAGAAGAGAGUAAGCUACUUGAUGGAGAUUCACAGCCUGAUUGCUGUGUUGGGGUUGUACAGAAGCUUAUACCCGGCCUUGAGAAAUACAGAAAUAUAGAAUUGGCGGAAAGGAAAGAAAAACGUAAAAAGCAUAACGCUACCGACAAGGAGCCAGAAAAGGAGGAAAAAUCAGAAAAGGAACAACCGAGUAAUACCGAAUCUAAUGGAGCUGCUACUACAGUAGCUACUGAUGAACAGAUAACAUCAGCCAGUACCAGCACACUGAGAGAAGAUACAAGGCAAUUAGUUGCAGCUGUUGAAGCUGCUGUUGAAGCAGUAGACGAUAUUAUCGAAAACUCCUUGCCCUACUCAGAAGUAACAGGAGAAAUGGAAGUCACUGUUCAAGAGGACGAGGAUCGUACCCCACCUCCUCCUCAAGCCGAACAACGUUCUUCCGAAGUAAGGGAUCCUAGGACAGCAACUCGUAAUGCAACUCUCGAACUUGCCGAGAGUAUUGUGGACUCGGUUCUACGACCAAGCGCAUCUGAAGCUACUAGACUGCAACGGCAAAACAUAAGAAACCCCGAAGACUUAUCACCCAUAAAUUUACGAAAUCGUGGUGCGACACCGAUACUUGUUGACUUUAAUCAAGAGGUCUACCAAGAUCUUCCAACAGAUAUCGAAAGCAGCGGUAAUCCUACGGAUUGGAUUAGAAGACUGCUGACUGAUGACACUCAAUUAAACGUUGAGCGAAACGCCAAUGUCGUCAGCCAAGGUCCAAGUUCGUCUUCUGCUGAAAACAAUCCACAAGAGUCUGAAAAUCAACAACCACCUCAACAACAAGAGCAACAACUGCCUGACGGGGUCGAUCCAUCUUUCCUCGCUGCCUUACCUGAGGAUAUGCGUGAAGAAGUCAUAGCUGAACAGCUCAGGCUUCAACGCAUCAGACAACGUGCGCAAGCUACAGUCGUCGAAGAGCCGACUGGUCCAGUGGAAGUAAACCCAGAAUUUUUAGCCGCAUUGCCACCUGCUAUACAAGAAGAGGUUCUUGCUCAGCAACGGCUUGAGCAGCAACGCCAUGCUGCUGCAUCUGCAAAUCCAGAAGAUCCUGUCGACGCUGCAGCGUUCUUCCAGAACUUGCAACCAUCCUUGCGACAAGCUAUACUCACCGAUAUGGAGGAAUCACAAAUAUCUGUACUACCCCCUGACCUUGCUCAAGAAGCGCAAAGUCUGAGAAGAGAUUGGGAAGCUCGUAAUCGACGAAUGAUGCAGGAGAGAAUCCUGAGUCAUGUCACUCAAAGCAAUCCCGCCUUGUCUAGUAUAUUGAGGAAUUCUGGACGAGGCAGAGGAGGAGGCACUCGUUACGCCAUUCAUACGGUGCCUCAGCGUGCGCAAUGGAGUUCUUGGAAUCCCAGGGGCGAAGCCGGAAUCAAUCACCAGGGCGCUGGAUUACGACUGAGGGGACGUCAACUUCUAGAUCAUGAAUCUAUGGCUUGUCUCUUGGUAUUGCUGUUUGUUGAUGAGCCAAAAAUCAACACGUUACGGCUUCACAGAGUGAUAAGAAACUUGUGCUACCACGGCAGUACCAGAGAAUGGGUCGUCAGGGCCCUACUUUCCAUUAUGGAACGAAGUAACGACGAAAACAAAGAUGCUGCGGCCGAUUUUGGUGGGAAAUUUAAAAGAAAAGGAUUAUAUCCGGUGAUAGAUUUUGGGUUGCCGAAGGUAGCUGAAACGCGUAACAGUGCUCAGUCUUGGCUCAAUAUUAGCAUGGAUGCUGCGCUGGGUUGCAGAGCAAACGUUUUUCAUAUAACAAGACAUGGCGGCAAGAGAUCCGAACGACAGUGCAACGUUAUCGCGAUACAUCCACAAGCAGCGCCAACUGUAUGCAGACAUACCCUGGAGCUGCUGAUAUCGUUGGCGAAAAGUUUCCCGGGAUAUUUUGUACCCCUAAAAUCCAAAGAGGUUGAAGAAAAAGAGAAGGAGAAAGAAUCAAAGGAGAACAAAGAAAAAGAGAAAGAGACAAGUUUAGCGAAAGACGAAACUGGAACGAAAGCAAAGUCUACUUCUAAACCUGGAAAGAGUGAUUUGCCCGAUUUCUGGGACAUGCUGCUGCGACUGGACUCUUGCGCUUCCAAGAAGGGAAAAUCUGUUGCUCGAACUCACUCUUAUUCAAACCUGGGAUCGGAACCUGAACAGAGUACGACAUCAUUCGAGGUUUCCGCAUUCGGUCAAUUGAUCUCAAUGCUGAAUUGGUCAGUCGUUAAAAGAAGUAGUCAACUCACCGAUAAACUGCUCAGACUUCUGUCCCUUAUAUCCAUCGGUCUCACAGAAGUUAAUCCGUACCGUCGACAAGAGGGAACCAAGAAUAAAAAAGUUGACGUAGGCAAGGAACAGAGCGUCGCGGCCCCCGAAGGACACCUUCGACUGGCGGUCCAAGUUCUGACAAGCAAAAGCUGCUCGGAAGAAGGAUUGGAGGAUGCUACUGCACUGCUUCUCAAUCUUUCCCACUGCCCAGAUCCUACCAGACAAUUGAUAUUAAAACUGCUUCUGGAAGGUGCAAUGGAACUGGCAAACAUGGUUUGUGAACAUAUCAACGAUCUCAUGAUGGAGCUGAAGGUAUUGAAUCGGGAAAUAAACCGACGAUAUUCCAUUGAAGAACAACCGUCCACAAGUUCGGGAAGCGGUGGUCGUGGCAUUCUGCACGAUCGUUUCACCAAUGACAACGUUGUUGUGACAGCACCUAGCAAAGUUAAGGCGGGUAGCGAUCUCCAACUUCCGUCGAUGGGUGCACUUGUCAGCAAAACAUCUAGUCAAGCAUUCUUUUUACGUAUACUAAAAGUGAUCGUGCAGAUAAGAGAAGCGGUUCGCUUGGCUCAUAAGAAAAAAACCGAAGUUAGUCAAACCGCCGAAACUGCUAUGGACACUGGUACCACGAGUCAACAACCACCUGUCACAGUACCGGAGGAAAAUGUCGAGGCUGUUGCUAUGGACACAACACAGUCGAACGUUUCUAAUACAGACCCUCCUAAAGCUUCCGUUGGCAAUGCUGAUCCUUCGGCUUCGACCACACGCGACGAGGAAGAAAAGUCAAUAUUACCAUUGUUGAGCGAGAGCUUGGUGCUCGACAAUCUUUGGGAAACUUUAAGCGCUUGUCUACUCGAACUUGAACAUACACCCGAUCAUCACGCCGUCCUAGUCUUACAACCCGCCGUUGAAGCCUUCUUCUUAGUUCACUCAUCAUCUAGCACACCGACUCGGGAACGUAACAAUGAUACGACGACUGAGGCUCGCGACGUUGUUCCUGAUCUGGCGCCUGUCUCACCUAUAUAUUCGGACAACGAAGGUACUUCACAGCCCGAGGCUGUCAUCAGUAGUUCUUGGGAUAUGGCUCCAGCAACACAGGUUACAUUGCCGUCGGAUCAAUUGAAAUUCCUGAAAUUUGCUGAAACACAUAGGACAGUUCUCAAUCAAAUUCUCAGACAAACCACAACCCACCUAGCCGAUGGACCUUUCUCAGUCCUUGUGGAUCACACCAGGGUUUUAGAUUUCGAUGUCAAGAGACGCUACUUUAGAACAGAACUCGAACGAAUGGACGAAGGCAUACGAAGAGAAGAACUAGCUGUUCAUGUACGCAGAAGUCACAUAUUCGAAGAUUCCUUCAGAGAGUUACACCGUAGAAAUGCAGAUGAAUGGAAAAAUCGGUUCUACAUUGUCUUUGAAGGUGAGGAGGGCCAAGAUGCUGGAGGACUGCUCAGAGAAUGGUACGUGAUUAUAUCGCGAGAGAUCUUCAAUCCAAUGUAUGCCUUAUUUACCGUGAGUCCCGGUGAUCGAGUAACUUACAUGAUUAAUUCGUCGUCACACUGCAAUCCGAAUCAUCUGUGUUACUACAAAUUCGUUGGCAGAGUAAUUGCCAAGGCUAUUUAUGACAACAAAUUAUUGGAAUGCUACUUUACACGCAGCUUUUAUAAACACAUUUUGGGUAUACUUGUUAAACAUACCGAUAUGGAAAGCGAAGAUUACAGCUUCUACAAAGGACUGGUAUACCUUACCGAACAUAAUGUCUCCGAUCUUGGAUACGAACUCACGUUUUCCGCAGAGGUCAAUGAAUUCGGAGUGAAUGACGUACGAGACUUGAUUCCAAACGGUCGAAAUAUCGUCGUUACAGAAGAAACUAAAUUAGAAUACAUUCGUUUGGUCUGUCAGAUGAAAAUGACUGGAGCGAUUCGUAAACAGUUGAAUGCGUUUUUGGAAGGAUUUUAUGACAUAAUUCCCAAACGGCUCAUCUCUAUCUUCAAUGAACAGGAACUUGAGCUAUUGAUUAGUGGUUUACCUAACGUGGACAUCGAAGACCUUAAAUCGAACACUGAAUAUCACAAAUACAGUCCGACUUCGUUGCAGAUCCAGUGGUUUUGGCGUGCUUUACGCGGUUUCGAUCAAGCUGAUCGAGCGAAAUUCCUUCAAUUUGUCACUGGGACUUCGAAAGUACCGCUACAAGGUUUCGGUGCUUUAGAAGGUAUGAAUGGCGUGCAAAAGUUCCAAAUUCAUCGAGAUGACAGGUCAACGGACAGAUUACCUUCAGCGCACACAUGCUUCAAUCAACUCGAUCUACCGGUUUACGAAACAUACGACAAGUUGCGCAGUAAUCUGUUAAAAGCAAUCCACGAGUGCAGCGAAGGUUUUGGAUUUGCUUAAAUUUGUUAAUAUCAUCGAGGAACUCACGGCGCAUAACGUAAGUUUUCUGUGUAAACACGCUCGUGUCUGUUUGCCUUUGGUGUCGCAAAAAAAUAUCUCGAUUCGAGACUAUAUGUGAUUUUGUCUCUGGAUUCUCUAUUUGCACCUAUGCAUAACACGACUCUAUAUACGGAAUAAAAUCGUAUGAGUGUGUACGACAAAUCAUCAAGACAUAUAAUAAAACCGGAAGUACGCGCUUGAUCUUCAAUCAAGAUCUAUAUACUAUAAAUAAAUGAAUUAACAAAACAGAAUAUAUACAUAUAUGUGUAAACAUUUCGUAUAUGUAUAUAUUAUAUUACACUAUAAUUAUAAAAUAAUAACUUGUAAUUAUUAAGGUAAAUAUUUUGAUUGCUACCAACGUUAGAGUUUAUUUUGUUGAGAAAGAUCUUGGAAGAAGAUACAGAGCUUAACGAUAAUUCCCAGCAAAGCGAGAUAUGGGGAAAGUUAAUGAAAAUAAUUAAGUAACUGAUUAAAAGAAGAAGAAAAAGAAUCGAGUAAAAUAAAUGAAAAAGAAAUAUGUUAAGUAAGUUUACCUAUAAGCGUAGCCAUUAAGAUUGAUAUGUAAGUGUAUUAGAUAGGACACUAAGUACGUUGUAAGGGUCAAAUAGAAUGGAAAUUGUAUUAUAAUAUACUGUAAUUAAUUGGAUGCAUUCUGUAACCGACUCGAUAACCGAA